CACACGCACACACACCCAACACUGGGUAAUAUUUCUCACUAAACAAUUUUUAAAAUUCUAUAUUUUAUGUCUACCUACCCAUUGUGUAUUCUGCGUUUGUCUUCAUUCAUGCUGGAACACUGCAUCAGCAGUAAUCCCUGUAUUUCUACAGUAUUCUACUUCAUUGGUAUCUUGGACUCCAAACUGCUCUACUGUACAAGGAUGAAUUCUAUGAGGAAAUGACAAAGCACUGUUCGCACAGAGCAACGGAAACAGACUAACGGGACGCAGAACUAACGGGACGCAGAACUAACGGGACGCAGAACUAACAGGAUGUAGAAGUAACAGGACACAGAAAAAUGCGUGGCUUUCCAUCGACGUAGACACGCGCCCGUUUGGAAGACGCGUCGCACGGCUCCGUCCGCCCGGUAGGAACGGAAGCCCGGGCGCAGCCUGGCGCGAGGCUGCUGCGUAAAGGGCCGCGGCGACGCUUGCGCGCUCACUGCCUCGCGAAGGGAAGGAGAAUGAGAAGCUCCACGUGCAGCCUGCUCCCGAAAACAAGGACACCCGUCCGGAUCAUAAAGUGUAUAUACGUGGUUGGGUUCAUGGAUCUGUUUGGGGUCAGUAUGAUCAUCCCGUUGCUGAGUCAUCAUGUGAAGUCUUUAGGUGCCAGUCCAACAGUGGCUGGGAUAGUAGGAUCCACUUACGGCGUUCUGCAGCUUUUCUCCAGCACGCUUAUCGGUAGCUGGAGCGACGUCGUGGGCCGGCGGCGUUCCCUGCUCACGUGCCUUCUCCUCAGUGCCUUCGGAUACGGCCUGCUCGGGCUUUCCAGUAGCAUUGCCCUGUUCGUGCUGGCCAGGAUCCCAGUGGGGCUGUUUAAACACUCCUUGUCCAUCUGCCGAGCCCUCCUGUCGGACCUAGUGUCGGAGAAGGAGCGCCCCCUGGUGAUGGGUCACUUUAAUGCGGCGUCCAGUGUGGGAUUCAUCCUCGGCCCAGUGGUAGGAGGCUACCUUGCUGAACACGAGGGAGGCUUCUACAUGUCCUCGCUCGUCUGUGCUGCCAUGUUCCUUCUUAACGCAGGUCUGGUGUGGAUGUUACCCUGGCGCGAGGCUCUAAACCAAAGUUUAGACGCCGACAGCAGGGAACCCUGUUCUGAGCCGAAGAACUGUUCAGAUGGGACCCGCCCUAUCCCCGUCCCAGGCUGGGGUGCUGCGGCUCUGCUCCGGCCUGCCUGGAAGCAGCUGUCCCUGGUGGUGGUGCGGAUCCGCGCCGUGGCCUCCUCGGACUUGUGGGACGUGUUCCUGGUGCGUCUCUUGAUGGCUGUGUCCAUAAUCCUGUACUACAGCAACUUCUCCCUGGCCAUGGAGGAGCGCUUCGAGCUCCGGCCCAAAGUGACUGGCUACCUGAUCAGUUACAGCAGCAUGCUGGGAGCGCUCGCCGGCUGCCUGGUGGGCCCUGUCACUUAUCUCUAUGGCAACGACAUCCCGGCCCUGCUGCUACACUCCACCGUGUUGACGUGCUCGCUGAUCUUCCUGUACGCCACGGCUCCCGGCGUCUGGCAGGUGGUGCUCUCCUCCACCUUCUUUGCCAUCUCCACCAACAUCGGCCGCACCUGCAUCACCGACCUGGAGCUGCGGAGGGGCGGAGCCCAGGCCAGCGGCACCCUGAUCGGGGCGGGGCAGUCAGUGACCGCAGUGGGGCGCGUGUUGGCACCCUUGUUUUCGGGCCUGGCGCAGGAGUUUAGCCCCUGUGGACCUCCCAGCCUGGGGGUGGCGUUGUCGCUGGGGGCGGUGGGCUUACUGCUCAUCCGGACUCCGAAGUGGGAGAGUAAAGUCAAGGCGAAAGACAAGGAGCACUGACCAGACGGAGUCGGGACGGGGAAGGAGUGGAGUCACGCACGGGACGGGGGAGGGGUGUUUGGUGGACAACGGUUCAAGUUGGCGGUUAUGCGCAUCUGUCUGAAGUGAUCCGGUUUCGGAACUGUGGAGCUACAACUGUGACGGAAGCAGGACUCGCGGAUCUGUGCGUCCAGCUGUCCUGGCAGUGAGGUUCCACGAUGUGGGUGACUGGCACGGUGACCGACGGAACCGCUGCAGGGGCCUCUGUAGGACCCAGUGGACCCCACGAAGAGAGAGAUGCAGGGUGCCUGCCGAAAUGUGAUGAGCGAAAGCAGGAGUACUGAACAGAGGAACGUCUGGAUCCUUGGACGUAUGGGAUCUAUGUAUGAUGGGGAAGCACCACUUUAUGGAAUGACCUCAGCGGGACAUUAAAGGCACAGGAAGUUUUAAGCUGUGUGUGUGUUUACAAUAGAAUUGCAACUUUAGUUCUUAACAUUGAUUUCCUUUAUUGUUGAUGAGUUGGUGAAUAAAGUGAGACUGUUAUUAUA